ACAAAGAUCAAGGACAUUUUACACCUGCAAUUAAAGUCAGUUAAUUAGCUAGUGUUGUUAAAAUUAAGCAUCAUGGCUCGUUUUCUCUUGUCUUUCAUCCUUGCCUCUCUCCUAGCCCUAACUACUCUGCAUGGAACCCAUGCAAUCGAGUUCGUCGUCUUUAACCGGGCUCUCAACACCUCUGGCGGAGUCCGCUUCAGAAACGAGCUAGGGAGGAACUACACCCAGCAAAGGAUGAGCGCUGCCACAAAUUUUAUCUGGAACCUCUUUAAAGAAACUACAGCUGCGGAGAGAAAGAACGUGCCACGAGUAAGCUUGUUCGUGGAUGACAUGGAUGGCAUCGCGUAUACCAUCAACGAUGAGAUUCACGUCGGGGCUAAAUACAUACAGGGUAUAAAAGGUGACAUCAAAACGGACUUCAAUGGGGUGUUAUUCCACGAGAUGACACACGUGUGGCAGUGGAACGGUAAGGGUCAAGCUCCCGGCGGAUUAAUAGAAAGAAUUGCAGAUUUUGUGAGGUUGAAGGCCGACUAUGUUCCUAAUGGGUGGGUGAAACCGGGCGAGGGUCAGCUUUGGGAUGAGGGGUAUUCGGUUACUGCACGAUUCCUAGACUACUGCAAUGGCCUCAAGCAAGGGUUUGUGGCAGAACUUAACAAGAAGAUGAGAGACGGUUACAGUGACAAUUUCUUUAGCCAAUUGCUUGGGAAAACAGUAGAUCAGCUGUGGAAAGACUACAAAGCUAAAUUCGGGAACUAACUAAGCAUGUACAAUAAUUCUGCUUAUAGCUAAAAGUCUAGAUUACGUACUAUGAUGAAUAAGAUGUGGGGCUUCUGUACGUAUCCACAGAUGGAAAGUUGUAGUGAAGUAAGUUAUAUGUAUAAUCCGAAUAAGUGGGACUAGGAUGAAAAAAUCACAUUGUUUUGGAUCAAUUUCACAUACAUAUAUAUGGUGUCUUUUUCUACUUUUCUUUUUUGUUACAAGAACCAACAAAGGGUUUGUCAAUUAUAAUUAUGUGAACAACG